AUUCCCCAUACCCCAUGCUGGACAACUCUCCAUGUAGCAACCCCCCAACCAGCGGAGUCUGUGCAGCAGGCUGUCUCACCUUCUUCCCGUGUUGGCACCCUUUCCCUCCCGUAAGGUCCCCGGGGGGCGGUGGCCGGGGCUGAAGCGCCCCGCACACCCGGUCGCGAACGCCGCCGAGCUGAGGAAAUCCAUCGAGCAGAGAGGGCGGCUCCUCAGCCCGACUGCUAGCUCGGGGAUUUCCCGCGGCACGAGAGGCGUGUGGGGGGAGGGGGACGUCGGGGUGUACGAGCUGGCGUACGACGUGAGGGUCGCGCCCGCGCCGUGGAAUCGGACGAGGGUCAUCACCAUCGCGGCUAGGUACACGGUGAUGAACAAGUGCGACUGCGUGCUGGCGGUAAGGCAGUACGGCAGCAAUGUCACCAUGGAGCUCGGGCCCGGGGAAUCGCGCCCCCUCCACUGGGCAGACGGAAGCCUGGAAGCCACUCUGUCGGUCAGCGUAAUCUCCCAGGGGCUGACCGCGGCGGCAACAGGGAGUGCUUCGGAGAUGGCGCCGACGGCGGCCCUGAUGGACUGGAGCGGGCCCGUGGGCAUCGGGAACAUCGGCACUUUCCCCAUCUGCAUUCGCCCAAAGCCGGGCGGUGCUGCCCUCCCCGUCGACUCCCACGUGGCGACGCCGCCCGAGUCGCGGGCGUCAUCGCCGUCGAGUAGGGCCGGGAGCAGCGGUUGGUCUACCCCGGUCUCAUCGCCGCACCGAGGGGAGGUGGAACCGAUGCCGAUGGUCGGUGCCAACCGCGUCCUUGGGGUGGAGGUCAAUAUCGGCAGACAUUCCGACGGUGGAGGUGACGGUUCAGAGCGACCAGUCGAUGGCAAGGACGAAUCAAGCAGUGGCGGUCAGGGCUUCCGAUCUUCCGCCGUUCAGGUCAUCUUCCAGGAAGAGGCGUGGGGGACAGGGGACAGGUUCCCCACGUACCGCCUCGAGAACCACACCAACUCCAGGAUUUUCUACGGCCAGGCGUCCGUCCCCGGGCCAGGGGACGCCCUCCCCCCCGGGCGGUCAUGCCUCUUCGGUUGGGACCACCCCUGUCCCGUGGAGGAGAGAGUGCAGGGGGUGCUCAACCUCAGCCUGGUCCUGGCCGCGGAGCCCCUCAGCUCCCCUGAGGGGAAACGUCAGGCCAAGACCCUGAACAUCCGAAAGCUCGGGGAGAGAACUUCGCUGGUGACGUCUAGGGGGAGGGUGGAAGUCGUCGUGGAGCCGGACGGUCCGAGCAAGCUGGUCCGCAUGUACAAGAGCAAGGCGUUCUCGAUCAUGUCCCCGCCCACCAGGACAAGAGCCAGGCCCCCGCAGCCCGUUCAGUCCAGCUUAGAGCGGGCGAGGACCUCCCCUCGUGCCCACAGCACUAGCGGCGGCGGCAACAGUGGCGCCGAGAUCGUAGGGCCACCGAGACCCUUGCGGCGGUCAGUCGACCUCCGGGGCAAGAAGCGGGCGACCAACGCAGAAGAAGAGACGUCCGCAAGCCUUAAGCGGGCAAGCAGCAGCCCGGCCACCUCGGCAGGAGUUGAAGGCAUCGCCGCCUCAGGGGCCCUCGGAAUCGCGGCCCCCCGCCGACAAACCGGCCACAACCCGAGACACUGCUCUCUUCCCCCGCGGGGGGGUCCGAAAAACGCGUCAGCGGAGGGGGGGGACGGCGCCAGCCCGUUCCCGGUCCAAGCAGGCGGCGACUCCGCUUCGUCGGAGGAGGUUUCUCUCCGGGAGUUGCACGUGUUUUGCAGGGCUGUCCGCGUGUCUGUGGUGGACGGGGACAGGGGGGAGGUUGUGCUCGGGUCCCUGGAGGGGAUGUCGAUGAACGUUGCCGCGACGGAGGCAGAGGUGGAGGUGAAGUUCGAGCUGGGCAGCCUUCAGAUCGACAACCAUCUGCCAGGGACGUCCUUCCCGGUUCUGUUGCAGCCUGUCAGGCCUGGGUACCAGGGGGGGAACAACAAGUGUGUUCGCUUCACGCUGGUGGCUGCCCCGCGCGUGAAGAACGUCGCCUACAUCAAGCUGGCGAGCCUGAACGUUGAAGAGUUCGACCUUCGGCUAGACGAGGGCAUGGUGAGGUGGGCGCAGGGGCUAGCGGACCGGGUGAUGUGGACCCUCGUGGCUGACCGAAGAGCCGACGAGAUGGACAAGUGGCCGCUGCCGCGAGAGGCCUUUUGCUCGUCGCAGGCCGGGCAUCCAGGGGGAGGUAAGCCCAGCGGAGAGAAUGCCGACGGGGGUUCAGUGGGCGGAGGCCAAGGUACAACGGCGAUGGUUGUUUCCCGUGGUGGCAGCGAGGGGGCGUUCGCGAGCCGAUACGUGUAUCUCGAAGUAUUCCAGGUGUCGAGCGUGAAGGUUCGGCUGUCUCUCCAACGGGCCAAAGACAGCUUCGACAACGUGUACGUCGGAGUCAAGCCCGGGCAGAUGCUCCUCGACCUCAUGAUGCGCAUGGACAGUGCGCAUAUCAAGCUCAAGUCUCUGAUCGUUCACAACACCACGACCACCCGAUCGCGGCUGACCCUCACGGCCCGAGAGCACUACGAGAGGGAGUUGAAGCAGCAGGCGUUCUUGAUGCUCGGCAGCUUGGAGGCGUUCGGCAACCCCGUCGGCCUCGUCCGUGGCAUGGGUCAGGGAAUGCAAGACUUCGUCAAGGAACCCGUGCUGGGGCUGCUGAAGAGCGUCGAGGACCUGGCCCCAGAAGAGCUAAUGCACGGAAUGGCAAGGGGGGCCGGCAGCUUGCUCAACCACUCCGUGGGGGGAGUCGCCAACUCCGUCUCUCUCAUCACAGGCACUGUGUCACAGAACCUGACGACCCUGGCCAUGGACAAGGAGUACAAGCUAAAGAGGGCACGCAGAAAGGACGCAAGAGGGGAGAACAAAGACGUGCUAGACGGGAUUGGGUCCGCCGGUGGAUCCCUCGCCAGGGGCCUCACGGAUGGCGUUUCCGGCUUGAUUAAGAACCCCCUGAAGGGCGCUGAGAGCGGGGGCUUCGCGGGCUUUGCCAAGGGGGUCGGGACGGGUAUGCUCGGGCUCGUGGUGAAGCCCGUGGUUGGGGUCACGGACGCUGCCACGGACUUGCUGCAAGGCGUGAGAGGCACCACGGCGAGCAUCGCCCAGAUCGGAAAACCUUGUCCCUCGGCGUCCCCCUACCACCAAACCGCGGGGCCCCCAUCUGCCGGCCAAGGCCAAGGCGGCUCUCUGGGAGCUGCGGGGGACAGCGGCGGCGCGAUCGGCGGAGGGGGGGGCGGCGGCUGGGACGAGGGGGUCAGCCAAGUGCGUCCCCGGAGGGUGCUGUACGGCUCGAUGAGGACGCUGCGGCCGUACGCGAUCGAAGACGCUAGGGCGGCGGCGCUCCUGAGGACGACUCGCUACGAGGAAGAGGAGUAUGCGGCGCACCUAGAGAUCAGCCAGGCAGCCGGUGCGGGAGCGGCUUCCAAGCCGACGUCCGCGGUUGUGAUCCUCACUCAGUCGCUAGUACUCUUGCUUCGCGUGCCCGGCGGAGAGGUGGUGCUGGAGCAGCGGCUUGCCGGCAUCCAGGCUGUGGAGAUAAAAGCAGAAGGGGUCAUGCUGCACCUUCACCCGCCGUCAACGCCCAAGGCACCGCGACAGGGACCCAGUGGAUAUCUUGGUCUUCCCCCGCCACCUUCGGAGGAAGACGACGGGCCGGGCGGCGAGAGAAACCGCGGCCGUGUGCAGGCACACGGAAUUCCGUGCCGGGAAGAGGCGUUGAAGCGGCGGCUCUACGAUAUGUUGGAUACCGCGGUAAAGAAUGCAGCAAGAGCGCUGUAGCGGCGACUACGACGGAACACUGCUGGCUGGAGUGGUACUAGGUUGUAGCUGGAUGCUUGCUUUCCCUGGAGUGCUCUUGAAGCUUUUUUGCGCGGUACGGUGUGCAAGCUGGAUGCUGAGUGUUCCGGGAAGUAGCCAUUUUUGGGGAGAGAGAAGUUUAAUCGAUCGAGGCCUUGCGGAUCCAUAGUCAUGUAGACGAUAUAUUAUCGAAGCUUGCUAUGGUGCUUGUCGACGCUGCAGCCAAGCGGCGAUUUUCUUGCGAGGUGUGUUUUUGUGUUCAUUGUCUUUUGGCAUGUUUUGUUUUCAUUGUGCAGAGCCUUUCGUGAGUCGGCGACCCAAGAUACGCUUUCAACAUACCUAGAGAACGAGGAGACGUUACGGGCUUCUAUACGAGAUUGAGGCUUUUCGCCGCCAAAGUGUUUCUCGUCACAAAAGCUAUGAAUCAAUUGUAGAGUCUGCACCAAAUGGGUUGUAUUUUUUCUCACGCUCGCCUGCGGUCGUUGCACCAAUCGGUGGUAGUCCCUUUUCGAGAAACUGGGAGCAAUGUAGCGUCCAGCUCGAAGCAGUAUGCUGGCUACACCAAACAUGUUAUGUUGAGAUGCGUGAGAUAUUUUAACCCAAGGGGGGUAUCGAGUGAUAGUUGGGCUAGCCCAGGAUUUUUAAGGCCGAGUAUGGGGGACUGCGAAGUGUUGGCCGUUGAACGACUGACUCAGUUGAAGAUGAUCGUCGUGGGUAUCAAAAUCUGCCGCUCUGCUGGGUGUCUCGUGUAAGGAAGGUCGUGAUGAGUCGGUGCUUGUUUUCGCGUGUGUUGGGUAGACGUCCUGGUAUUUGUUCUCUUUCGAAAACAAUAGUGGUGAUUGGAAGUGCACAUUGUAUGUUGACAGAAAACGCCCCAUGAGUCGUUGAAAACCUAGCAACGUAAUUCCGAAUCUCUUCGUAGCGUUUUUCAACCUGAAAAUCGUAUCGUUGGAUUAGAAGAUCGGCGUUGCAUCAGCAUAGGUUACGGGCCGAGGAGACCGUUCCGUCCUCCGAUAAUAGAUUCUUGACCAAAGCUACCACCCGCAGUUUUGUACCCAU